ACUUGUUGCUGUUGAGUUGGCAGUUUGGCUUCAGCGUGUAUUAUUUUUGCUUUCCUCCCUGCUUUCUAAACUAAACCUUCCUUUGCUAAAUUUAAGCAAAGGAAGACACCGCUAAAAAGAUACUAGUUUGCUGAAGGUCCCGGUGUGUUUUUAUGUGGACCAGAGCCGUAUAAAGAGAUCUUAUACGGCUCUGAUGUGGACCUAACGCAGAGAUCCCUGGUUCAUCUCAGUCCUCUUUAGCCAGCUAAUGCAUCCUGGGCUGCACUCAGAUCAACUCUGAGGUUUCUUACAUUUAUUUGAUUUUUGGCCGUUUUCGUGACAAUGAAGAGAGUAAACUUGAUCAUCCUUGUGCUGCUUGCUGUUGCCUUCCUGAUCAUAGUUGAACGAAACCUCCUCAACCUAAGUGACAUUUUACAUUUGGAAAAUCCAGAUGCAGGGAUAGUUCUCCCAUUUGAAUCCGAGGUGUCUCCAGACCUUAGACUAGAGACAGUGAGGAAAGGAGAGGAAAUCCCUGUCCUCAUCACUGCUGCUGAGGAAAGAUUGGGGGCGGUGGUUGCUGCCAUGAACAGUGUCUACCAGAACAGUAAAGCCAAUGUUGUGUUCACCAUAGUGACUCUGAAUGACACGGUGGAUCACCUAAAUGAGUGGCUUACAAAGACACGGCUAAAAAAUGUCAAAUAUAAGAUUGUUAUUUUCAAGCCUGAGCUCCUCAAAGGGAAGACAUCUAAAGAUCCUCAGACGCUGGAAGCUGUCAAACCGUUGACCUUUGCCAGAUAUUAUCUACCUGCAUACCUACCUGAGGCAGAGAAAGCUAUCUAUUUGGAUGAUGAUAUUAUUGUACAAGGGGACAUUCAGGAGCUUUAUGAAAGCAACCUCAAACCAGGACACGCAGCUGCAUUUUCUGAUGACUGUGAUUCAGCAUCUUCUAAGGGUUUCGUUCGAGGGGCUGGAAAUCAGAAUAGCUAUAUAGGUUUCCUGGAUUUCAAGAAGGAUGCUAUUAAGAAGCUAAGCAUGAGGGCUAACACAUGCUCCUUCAACCCCGGGGUCAUCAUCGCCAACCUGACGGAGUGGAGGAACCAGAACGUCACCCAGCAGCUGGAGCACUGGAUGGAGCUGAACACACGGGAGGAUCUGUACAGUAACUCGCUGGCAGAGAGUAUCACCACCCCUCCACUCCUCAUUGUUUUCUACAAACGCCACUCCAUGAUCGACCCGAUGUGGCACGUCAGGCACCUUGGCUCUACAGGUGCUGGAAACCGUUACUCCCCACAGUUUGUGAGAGCUGCCAAACUCCUCCACUGGAAUGGACACUACAAGCCCUGGGGGAGAACAUCCUCCUUUUCUGAUGUGUGGGACAAGUGGUUCAUACCCGACCCCACAGGAAAAUUCAAUCCAGUCCGUCAACACGCAGAGGACUAGACUAAAACAAUUGUUUACGGAAUUUUUGAGCAGCCAAGCCCGUCCGGUCCCAACAGGAUCACGCCUCGCAAUACCUCAGGAACUAUAUAAGGCCUUUUCACUAACCAGCUCUGGGCUCCUUCUGUCAAACAUCUGGACCUGUGUUCUCUCACCUUCACUAAAUGCACAUUUUUACUUUUUUGUAUACCAAUUGCAUCCUAUAACUGCUUAGAGCACACACACAUACUGCCCAUGGUUUGGUCCAGAAACCUAGUGCCCUUAGAUUGCUUUAAAUAUAAAUAAAUAUGAAUGCAUUGCUCCCAGACAGCAGUAAUGAGAUUUGCCAAGACGACGAUUUAUAACUGAGGCAGUCCAAGGAGCUUUGUUUACAUGCAACUUUGUACCAAUUUACUUUAUUUGAAUCCUAGGUGGUUAAACAGUUACCUCAUUCCCUUUUUCAAUUACAUUCCUAUCAGUUAUCACUGCAAUCUGAAUUGUAACUGUUAGCCAUGCAGAAACCUCAAUGAAAUACUGAAAUAAUGAAAGUAGUUUUAUAAUAAGUUGCACACAUUAUUAAAAUCCAUAGGUCAAUGUUGAGAUCAGCCUUUCCAUCAAACAUUUUAAGGUUAUUCUCAAAUAUGAAUUUAGUGGGAUUUUCAAUAUUUUGAUUAUUUCCACCUGUACACUAUGACUUCUAAAUGAACACUAAUGAAGGACUGUAUUACCUCACAGGUUGAACUUGUUGGUAUUAUAUGACCUUAUAUGCAGACCACUAAGCAAAUGUUACCAUGCUUCAUAUCCGCUCAUUCAGGAUUUGUAUACACGUUGAAAAGCAUUUGCCUUGCUGGUGUAAAUAUUUGUGACCCUUUGUAGAGUACAUAAAUAAAGUUACAUUUUUAUCAUUUA